CCACUGUGUUUUGGUCCUGCUAAGAGUCCCUUAAAAAACUGUGUGUGCAUGCAUGCACACACCAUGGGGUGAGGAUGGGGUCAAAGGACAACUUGCAGGAGUCUCCCCAUGUGGACCCCUGCAGGUUGUCAUGCUUGUUGGUAGGCAUCUUACCCCAGCCAUCUCACUGGCCUUCCUAGAUUUAAUUACAGUUGAUGUGUAAGGGACAGGGGAAAUGAUUUUAGCUAUAAGAUGCCAGUAUGGGUUUUUUGUUUUGUUUGCUUGUUUGUUAAUAACUGAGGAGAAAAGCUGAGAAACUGCUUGCACUUGGCAGGAGGGAACAAAGUCUCACGAGGGCUGGCUCCAGUAUAGAAAUGGAUUUUGUUGACAAACACAGUUCUAGAAGAGUUCUAGAACUGAGAUGAGAGGUCAACAUCAUAAGAGAUGGAAACUGACCAAUCCCAUAGCAGCAUCCACUCACCUCAUCAGCCCCUGCUCUAGAGACUUUCUCAUGGGGAACAUAACCAAGAGGGGAAGCAGGGACCUCGUGGAGGACAGUGCCAUGCUGCUGGAGGACAGCUCAGUGGCUACACUGCACUCUAGACUUUAUGAGGCCAUACUCAAGGAAGACUGUAACAUAAUCAAGACACUCCUCAGAACCCACCCUGUCAACCAGCCCUUGACCAUCCUGGCCAACCCCACCAGCAGACUACUUCUGAGCCAGCAGCAGACUCGGGCUAUCUUCCCCAUCCAUCUGGCCGCCGAAUACCGCAAGCCACAAAGUUUGCUUUGCUUGUUACAACACGGGGCUGACACAGAAGUAAGGGAUGCUCAAGGCCUCACCACUCUUCACCAGAUGCUGCUAAACUGGCCAAUCACUUCUACCACGUGGACCAAACCCAGUACCCAGAUCCAAAAGAUCCUGACAGACAUUCAGAACAAUGCUGUCAUGUGUCUGAGCAUUUUGUGUGAACAUGGAGCUCAAGUAAAUGCCCGGGUAGACAAUAGCAACAAACAUUCACCCUUGCACCUGGCCAUAACGUAUAGCUCCUAUCCAGUUCUCUCCCUUUUGGCCCAAAAUGGUGCCCAGGUCAAUGCUACGAAUGAAGCCAGCAUGACGCCGCUUCACAUGGCUGCAGAAAUACUGGACAAAAACAUGAUAGAGACACUCAUUGCCUGUGGGGCCAAUGUGAACUGUGCCAUCUCAUCUACUGGAAACACAGCUCUGAAGCUGGCAGUGUGCACCGCAUCAAGCAAAGCCGGCCAACUGCUGGCUGCAGGGGUGGGCUGCAUCCGUCUGCUGCUGAGUCAUGGAGCCCAGGUCAAUGCCCAAGACCACGAAGGCCAAACAGCUCUGCACAAGGCAUGUUUUGGAGGCAGAGAGGUAAUAAUCAACCUCUUGCUGGAAUUUGAAGCAAAUGUUAACAUUUUAACAAAAAAUGGGGAAUCUCCAAUUUAUAUGUACCUUCAGCGCAGUUCCAAUAUCAGAGACGUAACACUUCUGGCUAGACUACUUUAUCGCACUUACCCUUUAAGACUGAGCAAUAAGCAAGGGCUUCUACCUGCAGGAAUCAUGCUACCAGAAUUCCACCUCCUAAGGGAAACUCUAAUAAAGUUAGCGAAAAAACCCUUAUCCCUAGAGGCCAUCUGUAAGAGAAACAUCAGGAAUGUUUAUGGUGAGAAGUACAAAUUCCACCUGAAGAAACUUCUCCCUGGGAAGCUAUGGAACUCCAUAUAUACCUUCUAUGACUUUGACUACCUCUUGAAAUGAGAGCUCCACACCCUCAGUCCAGAUAUCUCAGCAACUCAAACUGUUUUCUGGCUAGACAUGGACCAGAAAACACUUGAACUUCACUUUACAUUGCAAUGCACAAACUACUGGCUCUUAAUCCCUUCCCAAAACAUUAAAGUGACUUGCACAUUAA